UACUGUCUAUCCUAUCAUUCAUCACCUCAGUAUUCCAUACCCACUUUUUCCGUGUAAAAGUUCCACUUCCCAUAACCAUUUCCGCCAUUUUUGUACAACUAUAAAAGGUUCCUAUUACUACUCUUUCACAUCUUCUUACUCUCUUUUCUCUUCCUCUACUUUCUACUAUGGAGUUGGAGUCUACUAAACUCGCACCAUUUUUAUUCAUCUUCCUCUUUUUUACCCUCACAUUCUCUCUCCUCCCUACCGCCACACCCGCCGACUCUAAUCCCACAGAUGCUUCUGCACUCGCCGCCCUUAAAUCUUCAUUGGGUGGACGUUGGAAUACCACCGCUUCCAACGCCUGUAACUGGCAAGGUGUUCAAUGUGACUCUCAUGGUCGGGUCCUGGAGCUCCAUUUACCUGGAGUUGGAUUCGUGGGUUCUAUUCCAAAUGGGGUUUUGGGUAACCUUUCCUCGCUUAACUUUCUCUCGCUUCGUUACAAUGCUCUUACUGGAAGUAUUCCCUCCGAUUUUUCCAACCUUAACCAGCUUAAGUUCCUUUAUCUUCAACAUAAUCGACUUUCGGGUCCGAUUCCUGAGGUUUUGUUUUCGAUCCCAAGUCUCACCCGUCUUGAUUUGUCGGGUAACAGAUUUUCCGGUGGGAUUCCAUUAGGGUUUAGUAAUUUGCGUAAUAUAGCUACAUUGUUUCUUCAGGAAAAUCAAUUGACGGGUCCAAUUCCCGACUUGAAAGAUGAUAACCUUAAACAAUUGAAUGUUUCUCAUAAUUUGUUAACUGGAACAAUUCCAUCCCAGUUUUGUGGGAUGCCAUCUAGUGCUUUUGAAGGGAAUACUCUUACCCCUUGCGCCAUUAAUGGCCCUUCUUCUUCUUCCCCAAAUGGGCAUAAGAAGAACAGUAAGCUUUCAGCUGGUGCUCUUGCAGGAAUCAUAAUUGGUGGUAUAGUUACAUUGAUUGCCCUUUUGCUGCUUAUCUUCUGCUGUUGUAGAAGAAACAAGAAGAAUGAACAGCAGAACGCAACAAGAUCCAUUGAUGCAGCAGCAGACGCCAAGCGAUCUGAUGUGGAGACGGGGAGAGAACCAUCAGCAGCAGUCCAAAGGAACGGUGAGAGCUCAGGUGGGGUGGCGGGUGCGAAAUCGGGUGGUAUUGUUACUGAUAAGAAAUUGAUUUUCUUCAGUAAAGGGUCUAAAGUUUUUGAUCUAGAUGAUUUGUUGAGAGCUUCUGCCGAGGUGUUGGGGAAAGGUAACUAUGGAACAACUUACAAGGCAUCAUUGGAGAGCGGCAUGGCGGUGGCGGUUAAGCGGUUGAAGGAUGUGACAGUGACUGAGAAGGAAUUCAAGGAAAAAAUGGAGGAAAUUGGAAAGAUAGAACAUGAGAAUAUUGUUUCUCUUAGAGCUUACCAUUGUAGUGCUAAUGAGAAGCUAUUGGUCUAUGAUUACUUCCCAAUGGGAAGCUUAUCUGCCCUUUUACAUGGUAAUAGAGGAAGUGGAAGAACACCAUUAAACUGGGAAACGAGAUCUGCUAUAGCCCUUGGAGCUGCUCGGGGGAUCACCCACAUCCACUUGUUGAAGUCUACCGCUUCUCAUGGUAACAUCAGGUCAUCCAACAUCCUUCUUUCCAACUCAUAUGAAGCUCGAGUCUCCGAUACUGGCCUCGCACAACUUGCAACUCCAAAUGACACUUCAAACCGUGUUGCUGGAUAUCGUGCUCCUGAAAUUACUGAUCCCCGUAAGAUAUCUCAAAAGGCUGAUGUAUACAGUUUUGGUGUGUUCCUAUUAGAGUUGCUCACGGGCAAGGCUCCUACAAACACCCUCUUAAACGAGGAAGGGGUGGAUUUGCCGCGGUGGGUUCAAUCAAUUGUUCGAGAAGAGUGGGCUUCGGAGGUGUUUGACAUGGAGCUUUUACGGUAUCAGAACGUUGAGGAGGACAUGGUUAAGCUCUUGCAGCUGGCUAUCGAUUGUACCGCCCAAUACCCAGAUAGUCGUCCUUCAAUGCUCGAUGUAACUAGACGAAUCGAAGAGGUUUGCCAAUCUACCUCAACGCCCGACCAAGAUCUAUUCGUAGACGUUAGUAGUGAUCAAGAAAUCACAUCUUCCAAACAAAGUUAGCUCAUUUGUGAGAAGUUCUUCAUCAUCAUCAUUGGCCCAAUAUCCCGCUCGAAAACAGCAUCUGGAUGAGAAAAGGUAACAGACAAUUCAUCCCCCGAAAGCAAUCGAUAGAAACAAUGAUCAAUUCUUACAAUUGUUUACCUUCAUUUAUAGAAAACUUGAAAUUUGUUUGUUGAUUCUUGAAGCUCUCCUGGUUUGAUUGAGAUUAAUUUCCUCAUGUAUUUAUAUUUUUUCUUUAUAAUUUUUUUUUGGUUUUAUCCAAUGUUUUUAUCUUUGUAAAUCGAAUAAUUCAUUAUUGAUUGGUUGUUGAAUUGUUCAUAUGAAUGGCGAAUACUUUUAGAA